CGGGGCGCGGCGGGAGCGGGCGCGGCGCUCCCGCCCCGCGGGGGCGGUGCUGCUGUCGGCGCCAGCCCCUCCGGACCUUCCGCGCCGCUCCCGGCGGGUGCCCGGCCACACGCGGCGGGUCGGGCUUCCCCGCCGGGAGCACCGGGUGGUGCACGGGAGCUCUUCCCCAGCGAGCACGGUCGCGCUCCCCCCUCUCCCCCCGCCGGCUGCGCGAAGGAGGACGGCGGAGCAUGCCACCGGCGGGGCGGUUCCGCGGGGACUGACAUGCUGCUGAAGGAGGGCAGGCGCCGGCCCCUCCGCCUCUCUCCGCGGUAGCGGAGGCGAUGCUGCAGGGCGCUCCCCGGGCUCUCCCGCAGCCGCCAGGCUAUCACCCACAGCAGCCGCGCUCGCUGCCGUGAGCGGCGCGGCUCCGGCCCGGCCGAGGUGACGAGCGGCGCGGGCCCGCACCCGUGCCCGGGGCGGCGGCGGCGGCGGCGGGGAAGGCGCUGCCCGCGCCCGCGGGCGGCUCCGCGCGGCGGAUGCGUGUGCAUGAGCGCUGCACCGAGCGGGCGCAGGAAGCGCCCCCGCUCCGCCGCCUCCAUCUUCCAGGGCAGCAGGACCUCGCCGCACGGCCGCGACAGCGAACGCCGGGGCAGCGGCUCCGAUAGCGCCUACCAGAUCCAGAGAACCCUGGACGACUGUAAGAUGCUUGUCCAGGAGUUCAAUACCCAGGUGGCUCUCUAUCGGGAGCUGGUCAUUUCUAUUGGGGAUGUCUCAGUCACCUGUCCUUCUCUGCAUGCAGAAUUGCACAAAACUCGAACCCGAGGAUGUGAGAUGGCCUAUCAGGCUCAUCAAAAACUAGCAGCAAUUUCUGGCCCAGAAGAUGGUGAAAUCCAUCCUGAAAUCUGUAGACUAUAUAUCCAGUUGCAAUGUUGCUUAGAAAUGUACACAACAGAAAUGCUAAAGUCCAUAUGUCUGCUAGGAUCACUGCAGUUUCAUCGGAAAGGAAAAGAACCUUGUGGCCCACCCAAGAUCUUAGAUUCUAAAGUGGAGGAGAGUUCUGAAGUACCUAUUUUAGAAGACACAUCAUUAUCACCAACAGAUAUUCAACAGCAUCUAUGGCAGGUUUCCACAGAUAUUGAAAACACUGAAAGAGAUAUGAGAGAAAUGAAAAACCUUUUAAGUAAACUCAGGGAGACUAUGCCUUUACCACUGAAAAAUCAAGAUGAUAGCAGCCUCCUAAACUUGACUCCCUAUCCACUGGUAAGAAGACGGAAGCGAAGAUUCUUUGGAUUGUGUUGUCUUGUCUCAAGUUAAAAGAUUAGGCACAGAAGCACCAAGGAAAUCAUCAUUUUGAUUAAACCACUAUUAUUUGACCACUGAAAAGAUGAAAGUGGCUAAUCUUGAUUAUAAAAUAUGUUUUCUACACUAGGCUAUUCAUUUCUGUCUUCUGUUCCAUUCCCCUUUUCAAAUAAGGGUUUUAAUACUUUCAAAUUAUGGUGGUCAAAAAAUGGCUGUGGAAUAAUCUAGCAUAUUUAAAACUUUUUAAAGUAUGUUUUGCAUGCUUACUUUCAAUCACUCAAAGAAGACACAUGAAUUAAGAUUCAUUUAUAAUUUUAGAGGGUUUUUUUAAUUGUUUGAGCUGCAGCUAAAAGUUUGUGUGUAGUACAGUACUCUUACUAGUAUCAUAUUAACUCUACCAGUCUUUAAGCAUAGGAGAAAAACAUCUGAUCAUUCUCUCACAGUCUUUGAGCAUAGGAAACUAUUUAAGAGCAAAACUAUUAAAGUUCUAAGACAUUCAAACAAUAUUGUAACAGAAUUUGUUACAAUUUGUUUAUUGUCUCCAGUUGCUUUUUGUGCUCUCAUUCAUAUUUAGUCUUCCACUGUAUCUCAACUUCAAAGCUUUAUAGAAAAAUAUCUUAAUUUAUGAUAAAAAACCAUAUAUGAAAAUAGGUAGGACUUGUAAAUACAGAGAAAUCAUAAUAUCUAUAAACUGUACAAUGUUUAGAAGCAACAAAUUUCCUUUUCAGGCAAUAGUAUAUCUACAAGCUUUUGGAAAAAAGAUAUAAUUUAUUAAAAGAAGGUGUAUUAAAAUAAACAAUGUAAACCAUGACGCCAACCCAUUUUGUUGCCAGUAGAAUUCAAAGCAUGGUAUCUGCAUAUCAAGUAUUGAUCUUAUAAGGCAUGCCAAAAUUAUCUCAGACUGUAAGAUACUAAACGUUUUACAUUGUUAAUAAAGUUUUUUAUUUAAAUUAAA